AUGGAGUACAGGAAACUAGAGGAAACCAUUCACGAAAUAAGCGAAGAGAAUAAGCAGCUAUGGGAGAUCAACAAGAAGUACGAGGAAGAUAUCACCGCAAUGAAGGAGAUUAUCAUUAGUAUGAAAGGCAGGAUCGACGAACUCCUAACGGACAAGGAGGAACAACAGAAGAAGACAAAGGAAAACAACUCGGACCAGAAAAAACACACCCGAAAAGGAGAAAGCGAAAAACAAAAAAGAGAAAAAGGAAACACAGAAGGACAAAGACAACGAGGACAAAAAAAGGUAACCAAAACCGAAAAAGUACCCAAAAAAACAACAACAACAAAAGAGGACCCACGAACAACCAAGCGUCCAAGAGACGCGGAGGUGAGUUCAGAAACGGACUCAGACGAAGACGGGUUCCAAAGAGUAGAAUCUAAAAAAAGCCGUAAGGCAAGAAAGAAAACCGAAGCUGAAAUCCACGAAGAAACAGAAAUGGACGCGGAAACGACGUCAAUAGAAAUGGAAGCGGAAGCAACGCCCAUACCAAAAACGAGCGUGCCAACCGACAAGAGAAAAACCCCGGAGGUACCAGUAUGGCCAACCACCAGGCCACACACACCUCAGACAAAUAAUACAGAGGGACAAAACUCAGAAGAAGGGGAACCAACCCCAAAAAUGACAAGCGGACCGCCAAUGGAAGUAGCAAAGCCGCCGCCAAUAGUCAUCCACGACUCCAAAAAGUGGAGCACUAUUUCUAAAAGCCUAGAGGCUAGAAAGAUAGGGUAUAAUAAAGCCAAACUCACUAUUUUUACUUUCGUGGGGCAGUCGUUAUAA